AUGACGAAGGAAACACAGUCUGCGGUUAUGUCUACCCCAUCCGCUGAACAUCGACGUCACAGUCUGAAACAUAACCUUAUUUUUGAGGGAACGGCUAAGACACCUAAGGCAAGAGACGACGAGACUCCCAAAUUAUCCAGCUCAGUCAAGAAGGAUGCGGGUAAAUUGAAACGUCCUCGCCAAGAAGAUCAGCAGUCGCCUCUUCAAUCACCUGAAUUUCCUAAUACUCCGUCUACGAAACUGAAGAAAUCACGCACUCAGGAGGUUGCGUCAAGCCCUUCUAUGGAAAAUGGACGACACAGCUUGAGUCUUAGCUCUCUUGCUGAGGGGGCGGCGAAAGCACAAAAGCUGGCUGGCGACGGGACGCCGAAUUCAACCAAGAAGGGUGUGAGUAAAUUGAAACGUCCCCGGGAAGAGGAUAAGCAGUCGCCUAUUCAUUCACUCCAAUCGCUUAAUUCUGAGCCUAUGAAGCCCAAGAAAUCGCGUGAAGAGAGAGGUUCUGUCACAGAAAACGCUACCUUUAUGGAUGAUCCACAACAGAAAGUUCAGCUUCUCGGCAUGAUUCGCCAGCGUAUUGCCUCCCUGAAUGCACGCACUCUUUUCGUGCGGAAACUGCCUCGAAGCACGAUGGCCUCCCAUUUGCGAUCAUUGUGCCCCACCUCAGUCAACGCUCGUUUGCAUCGCAAGACAUCCGAUAAAAGGCGCAAAAUCGCUUUUCUCGUAUUCAAAACAGAAAAGGCCACACGAGAAGCUCAACAGUCUGUGAAUGGCAAACUGAUUUCAGACAGACCUAUAGUUGCGCAACUCUGUUCAGAACGCGCAUCGCACAAUACGACCGACGUCUCUACGAAUACCAAAUCGUGGCCUAGACCUGAUCAGCUACAACUGCAAAGGUUCAAUCUGAGAAGACUUCACAUUUCUUGCAUCCCACGUAGCGCGACACAAGAUGAGAUAAAACAGCUUUUUCCCAAAUCUGUUUCCUUGCGUUUCGAUGAGUCUGGAGGCAAAUUUGCACCUUAUGCUUGCGAAGCGAAGUUCGCCUCAAAAGUCGAUGCCUUUGAAUCAUUCAUUAGUCAGCACGGAUCACUUUUGCGAGGCUGUCCAAUAAUUGUGAAUUACGCCUUCAAACCGGGCAAACCGAAGCUGCACACCCCUUCCGAUUCUGCGAAACAAUCCAAUCGGUCAUUCCGUGCUAAUCGCCCCAACGUUGGUAUAGCAGUCAAGCGCGACGGAUCACCGACGCAUGAUCAACAGCAGGAUACUGCUGCUCCAUCUCCGGAUAAAAUGAGUGCGGAUGUUGAAAACAAUUUCGACGAGAAUCGUUUGAAGUUGGAGGAACCAGCAAAAAAUUUCAAACUUGCUAAGAAAACAUCAGUAAAGCCCGAACAUGCGUCGUCUAUCGGCUCUGAGGUGGGGAGAAAUACACCUGGAAAGAUAAAUAAGUUGAAGAAAGCCAAGGCGCAUCACAAAACGUUAAAGAUUAACAAGAUUAGAUUACUUUGA